CUGGGGGCAGCCAGCGCUCUACGACAGCGACCAAAAAACGUGCCAGCGGCGCGGCGGUUAGCAGGAGGACCGCAGCAAAAUGGACACCAAGAAGCCGUCGAAGAAGCCCGCCAAGAAGCCGACCGCGGCCAAGGGCAGGCAGGGCCCGCGGCCGCCCGGCGGCGAAAAGCGCUGGGUCCGCGCCUGCCUCGAGCUCUGCGGGGGCAGCUUCGAGGCCCCGAUCCGGUGCAAGACGUGGCGCGAGGCGUUCACGCGGCUCGAGGCCGCGCGCGCGGACUUCGUGCGGGACACGACGCGCAAGGCGGGGAGCUACGAGGCCGACGCGCGCUGGGCGCCGCCGCCGACGCUCCCCUUCGGCGGCGAGACGUGGACGAGGCGGGAGCCGCCGGACGCCCUCCGCGUCGCCUUCGAGCGCUGCGGCCUGCUCUUCCCGGACCUGGUCGACGGCGCGGGCGACCCGCAGACGGACACCUUCCCGGUAGGGGUGGCGAUUUACGAUCGCGACUGGGACGCAGUCGAGGAGGACGACGGCGCCUGCUCCUACGUGCUGGGCAAGGCCGGCGCCGGGAACGCGGCCCUCGCGGAGUCGCUCUACAAGCUCGCGGCCGCGACGGGCUCCAAGGCCCUCGAGACGCUCGAGGACGACGACGUGCAUCAAUUGGUUGGCAAGGUGCGCACAGUCCGGCAGCUCCUGGAGGCGGGCCCGUCGCCCGUGCUGGCGGACGCCUCGAGCAAGCUGCUCCGGGGGCGGUGCCUCGAGCUCAUGGUGACGAAGGCGAUCGCGGACUGCGACGCGUUCGUCGCGUUCUGCGCGUCGCGCCUGACGCCGGCCCAGGGGCUCAAGGUCGUGCGGGACGCCGUGCAGUCGCUGGGCUACAACGGGGACAGCCUGCGCGAGACGUGCGCGGACUGCGACGGCGCCGUGCGGCUCGCCGCGGUCGCGCCGGAGGACAACGACGGCGACGUGUACGUCGUCGGCGCGGACGCCGUGGCGCGGAAACUGCGGGAGGCCGCCGCCGCCGUCGCGGGCGGCGGCGUCCCGGAGUUUCCGCUGGCCUUCGCCGAGACGGACGUCGAGGCGUUCCUCAAGGAUGUGCUGCGGCGGGAGGACGGGGCGCUGCGGGAGGCCAUCCGCAGGGAGCUCCGGGCCGCCGAGGGCCUGCCCGAGCGACCGACGCCGCGGAAGGGCGCGCGCGUUUUGGCACCCUGGACCGACGGCACGCUGUACGCGGCCAAGGUGACGGCGGUCGAGGGCGCGUCCGUGUCUCUCGUCUUCGACGACGGCGACACGCGCGACGGCGUCGCGUGGGCGGCCUGCGAGCUUCCGGACUUCCUCGACGACGACGCCGUCGAUUCGGACGACGACGACGAAUCCGACGGGAACGACGACGUCGUGCCCCUUGGGCUGUCGCUGAGCGACCGCAUGAGCCUCUUCCCCGGCGCCGGGCUGAAGGACGGCUCCAACGACCACGAGGGCCACAUGGCCUGCGUCUACGUCGCGCCGACGUGGGCGCUGCUCCUGCUCUACAAGACGGCGUCCUGCUGAACGUCGAAUUCCCUUCCCUCCCCCCGUUCAAGUUAGAUUAAUUCGAAGACCACCUUUACCUCUGACUUAGGGCGAACUGGAG